CAUUUCAUGACAGUAUAGGCCAAGCCUAGUUUCACCAAGUCACGUAGGUUAAAACUCUAAAAAUGACCAUUAAGUUUUCAAGUGGGUUGGUUUAGAUGAUAAUGUCAACCCGGAAAUUGACUGUGCACAGACAAUAAUAAUGAGAUCCACAUGAUCAGCUCUUAUACUAGUAAUCAUCAUGGCUCCAAAGCGCACAUUGUCAGUAGACAUGUUGAUCCGAAAAAUGCCGUACGGUCCACGUGCCACUAUAUGCAGAAUGAUGGACAUAUCUAACUGGAAAGAACUAGCAGGAGCUAUAACCGAUCCAAAGACUAAUGAUUGCAGAUAUUCAGUAGAUGCAAUAGCGAAUUUUGAGUUGGAGCUGAGAAAAGGUAAUAGUAUGACUGAAGCCAUGUUAAGGGAUUGGGGAACACAAGAAACAAAAGUUGGACAGCUCUUAGAAAUUCUCAUGGAAAUUGGAAGGCAAGAUGUCAUACAAGAAGUUAUGCCUGAGUUUCUAAACCAAAACAAUCCAAACAGUGAGCUUGUUGACCAUUAUGAGGAAUACCCUGUGGUUAAGAACAUUGAUGGAAAUUCUGCCAGUAGCAUUGAGGAUAAUAUGACAGCUAUGAAAAUUGGUGAUACCAAGAACACUCAGGGAACAACAGCAGUAGCUUGGUCAUCAGAUACAAUACAAAUCACGGAGGAAGCAAGUGCUGAAGGAGUGAAAGAACUAACUUUCUUUGCAUUGAGAGCGAUAGCAAAGAACUUUGACCCAAAAUCUAAAUUAGGGGAAGGUGGCUUUGGAACUGUAUAUUUAGGAAGUAGUCCCAAGUAUGGAGACAUUGCAAUUAAAGUAUUGAAAGAAAUGCUUGCAGUCGUUAGCAUCGUUGAUAUCCUUGAUGCAUUUCGAAUCGUCUGCAAACAGAGCUACAGUGGAAUUCUGGGCAGCACUGGACAAGUCAUUAAUGUACAGAAGAAAGAGAAGGGGUCCGAGGAUAGACCCCUGAGGGGCCCCGAAGUAACGGGUAAACAGUCAGAAUUUGACCCUUCAACGACGGUUCGUUUUCUGUUACAGAGAUAUGCCUGUAACUAUCGAUGA